AUGAAGUCGUUCGCCUCGCUCUUGUUCCUCGCUGCUACUGCUGCUGCCCAUGCUACCUGGCAGCAGAUCUGGGUCAACGGUGUUGAUGGUGGUACUUCUUGCCUCCGAAGGGCUGCUAACAACAACCCUAUUGACGUUGGUGCAAAGGAACUUGCCUGCAAUGCUCACACUCUCAGCCCUAAUGUCUGCACCAUCAAACCCGGCGACAAGGUCACUGUCGAGAUGCACGCUCAGCAUGGCGACCGAUCCUGUGCUCAGGAAGCCAUUGGCGGCAACCACUACGGCCCCGUCAUGGUCUACAUGGCCAAGGUUGACGAUGCCCGCACCGCCGAUGCCAACGCUGCCGACUGGUUCAAGGUCUCCGAGAUGGGUAUGGCCUCCAACAACCCUGUCUACUGGGCUGUCCAAGUCUUGAACGACAACUGCGGUCACUGGACCUUCACUGUCCCUGACCUCGCCCCUGGCAACUACCUCAUCCGUUCCGAGGUUAUCGCCUUGCACGUUGCUGGCUCCAUCGGUGGUGCCCAGUUCUACCCCGGAUGCUUCCAGGUCAACGUUGUUGGCAACGGAUCUGGCAGGCCCACUGAGACUGUCAAGUUCCCUGGUGCUUACAAGGCUACCGACCCUGGUGUCUUGUUCGACAUGUACCGCCCUCAGAGCACCUACAUCAUCCCCGGUCCCCGCCCCUACGGCACCUCCCCCGCCACCGUGGCCAACACUCCCUACCCCACCACCGCCACCUGGAACACCGCUCUCCAGCCCACGACCGUCCCCACCGUCACUCCCCCUGUCGGUGGCGGCACCAACCCCCCACCCGUCACCACCGUUGCUCCCCCCGUCGUGACCUCCCAGCCCCCUGUUCCUCCCACCACCCAGCAGCCCCCCGUCGUGACCCCCACCGCUCCCCCCAGCGGACCCCUCCAGACUCAGUACGGCCAGUGCGGUGGCCAGGGCUGGAACGGCCCUACCCAGUGCCAGCCUCCUUACACUUGUACUGCUUCCAACCAGUGGUACCACCAGUGCCUCUAA